AUGUUGGCCACCUUAUGGGGCCGACUGGUCGACAUCGUGGUCACUGCUCAGUCCAAUGUUCCUCUGUGUGAGCAGCCCCUGGUGCAGAUCCCCAGUCUGCUCUGUCCUUGCCUGCCAACGCCAACACCAGGCACGUACGCGGUCCGAGACUUCCUUCAGGAAGCCCAGCUCAACCCCGUGAAGCCCACGUACAGCUUCAAAGGAGAGGGCAGAAGGAGAACACCCAUCUACGAGCGAGCAGCCGAUAACUCCCUACCAAGCGUUUCUGCAUACGUUCCUCCUACUUUCGUAGAUUUGGCAAGGAAAAAGCUAGCAACAUAUUCAUUUAAAAGCUUACCGAGAAGAAGCCCCAGUACCUUAUGUUUUAAAGACAAGGAUAUCAACACUGCACCCGGACAGUACGACAUCAGCUCUCCUCCAGUUUCCAUAUUUGCUUCCAAUGAAGCUGGAAGACCAGACUCCGUGUCUGCACGGCUGCUCAUUGCCAGAGCCGGUUCCUUAGUCUCAGCUGCAGUAGAAGCUGAGUUUAAAUCAAGCCGACUCCACUUAGAAGUUGUUCAAGCACUGAUGUUCUCUUCUUUAGACUUCAAUGUGGAUGAUAACCACAGCCAUGGAAAGGAAGGCCCAGGCCCAGGUCACUAUGAAGUAAGGCGUGAACCGCCUCGCACCGUGUGCUCAUGUUUCCAGUCCAAAGUACCCAGGAUGCUGCCAGUCCGCUCAGAUACACCAGGGCCUGGAUCCUAUGAACCAACAAGACAGUUUCCAAAGCAGCCGCGAACUAUUGCUAGCUUGGGUCAGGAGCACAGCAUCUUCUUCAGCAGUGCAGCUGGGUUUUAG